CUAGCAACGACCCUAGCAACGGAACGGGUUUUCGCUGAGGACUACAUGUUAACGUAUGACUAUCUUUCCCCAAUAUGAGUUUUGUGAAGAAGAAAAGAAAUAUUACAGACAGCCAAGCACCAUUUCCACCAAGUCCACCGCAGGUCCCUAGAAAACAGCCGUGGCUGGAAACAAAACCGUCGUUUUCUCUGUAUCCUCCACCGAAGCAGAAAUCUGAAGGACUCGAAGCAGGUUUGGGGUUCAAUACUCAAGACGCGUUGAGGGACAGUGGACCCGGGCAAAGUUAUGGCGGAACCCAUAACCGGUUCCAGAGCAGGACGGCAGGACGACGUGUCCCCAGGACGUCCAGCAGUGUCCUCACACAACUCCGUAAAACUCCGGUCAAUUCCACGUGCCCGCUGGAAAAGGAGGAGGACAGUGACUCUCCAUCAUGUGGCUCUCUCAAAUCUACAGGAGAGGCUAAACGUAAAAAGACCUAUAACUACUACAUCCAGAGAGGGAUAGAACUUGGGAACGUGGCUCCUCUGGAGGAAUCUAGCCUGCAGAAUAUUGACGAAAUGAUCCCCUGCCGCCUGAAAAGCCGGAGCGUACCCCAGAAGUUGCUGGUUAAUGAGAUCAAGGAGGACUAUUUGCUCAGCGUCAAGGCAGCAAUCUUGAAAUAUACACUUGGAGAUUUAAAGGGAAGUGACAAAGACAAAGUAAAAGAGCGGCCCCCGCACAGACUUGAGGUGGAAAUGGUGCCAAAGCCAUGGAACAAAUCAUUUAUCCAUGCGCGAAAGAGGAUGAGCGAUAAGCUUCACUCCAUCAACCCCAUUAUGCUACAAACGAUGGGCCUUUGGCACGUCUCUUACAAAACGCUCCGUCUGAUAGAUGUACAAGAGUUCCACAGCAGAAAGGAGUCCAUUGAGCUGUCCGUGUUUCAGCAGAUUGUCACCCGACAUGUUGAAAAUGCCAGAGGAAUUCUUCUCAAAAAUUGGGUUCCUGAAGUGCAAAACAUUUACUACCAAGGGUACAGACGCAAACUGGUGCCUUCCUCCAACAACAUGGCCAAAAUUCAAUCAUUCUUCAACUGCGCAGGUGCACUGAUGACCUCCCAGCUACAGAAUCUUGCAUUAGACUCAAUGAGCGACUAUACGCGUCUUCUUUCGAAAGACCCGCAUUCACAUCGAGCCAGUGAGCACCCAGGUUUUGUUCUGCAUCUUAUCCUACAAGACAAAGAAAUCAAGUUUGAGCCUGCCCUCGAAAUAUAUGAAGAGGUCCUGCUUAAGGUCUAUGAGUUAAUGCUUAUGUCUGUCAGCGCGGUACCUCGCUUGGAAAGCCAACUGCACCCUGAGUGGCCAGUUUCCCAGCUUGAAAGCACCCUGAAGCCCAUCAUCCUUCCAGAGAUCCUUCAAGCCCAGCAGGAGGAGGUACGCGAGGUGUUCUGGUCCGAGUGUGUCAGGCCCAAGGAGUUUGUCCACGAGUAUGAUAAAUAUGCUACGCUAGUGUCCAGGGAGGCAGAGGAAGAUGUGGAGCAGUUCCUUAGUGAACAGCACUCCUUCCAGGAAAUAAUGUCAGAGGUGAUACACUACCAGCAGCUUACCGACCAGAUCCAGAGCUCAUCAUGCAAGGUGGUACAGCUUGGCAUGUUUGAGGUUCAGUCCCAUAAACUCAUCCACUCCCUUGUUAACCGGGCUCAGGAGCUACAAACAAAACUGGUUGCACGGAUGCUACAGGACCAUCAAGAAGUCAACAGAAAGCUCUGUGAUGAAUUUAAGAACAUUUCGGAGAAGGCACUGAGCACACCACCUGAUACUCAGAAACUAAUGGAGCUUAAGACAUACAUUAAUACGGUGGAGACCGUAGAGAUGCCGCUGUUGGAGCAAAGAUUGGCAGACUCCAACAAACAUUUGUGUUUCCUGAUGGACUUCUUCACCUUCUCGCCUCUUGACAUGGAGCUCAACACAAAGACCGUCCAGUGGUUUAAACGUAUGCCGUCCAUCUUUAGGGAACACAGACAGAUAAUAACAGAAAAGACGGAGCAAUAUCAAAGUGGACUCAAGAUGUGCCGUGAGCGCUUUGUGGAAGAACUGGAGAGCUACAGUUCACAGGUGGAGGAGUUUGUGGGCUUUGGUGAUCUGACUGAUCUCAGCAUAUACCUAAAGAAAGCCCAGGUCCUCAAUGGCAAACUGGAGUUAGCCAUGGAAAAGAUUAAUGAUUUCAAUCUAGAAGAGGAGGCCUUUGGCUGGUCUAUUUCCCAGUAUCCGCAACGCAAAAAGAUCCAGGAGAAGCUGACACCAUUCCUGAACCUCUAUGAGACAGCUACUGAAUUUCUAAAACAAUAUGAGCUGUGGCUUCAUGGGCCACUCUCCGGAGUGAACCCAGACAAGGUAGAAGGUGAUGUCAGUAACUACUGGCGCAAUCUAUAUAAGCUGGAGAAAGGCUUCAGUCAAGUACCCAAUGCCCUGAACAUAGCCACCACAGUAAAGGCCCAGGUGGAGGACUUCAAGGAUCACAUUCCAAUGGUGCAGGUACUAUGCAACCCAGGCCUGCGCCCACGCCACUGGGAUGCUAUGUCGGAGUUGGCUGGCAUUGCCCUGCAGAUGCCUGAGGACCAGGCCUCUGUGUCUCGCUUCCUAUCUUUACAUUUGGAUGAGCACUUGAGCAGUUUUGAAGGCAUCAGUGAGGCGGCCAGUAAGGAGUACUCCUUGGAGAAGGCCAUGGAGAAAAUGGCAAGUGAGUGGAGUGAAAUGGAGUUCAGCCUCCUCGCCUACCGAGAGACAGGCACCCACAUCUUGUCGUCCGUGGAUGAAGUGCAGAUGCUGUUGGAUGAUCACAUUGUGAAGACACAAACCAUGAGAGGCUCGCCCUUCAUUAAGCCUUUUGAGGUAGAAAUACGGGAGUGGGAGGGAAAGUUGCUGCUUCUCCAAGAGAUCCUGGACGACUGGUUAAAGGUUCAGUCCACUUGGCUUUAUCUGGAGCCAAUAUUCAGCUCUCCAGACAUCAUGACUCAGAUGCCUGAGGAGGGACGCCGUUUCACAGCUGUUGACAAAACAUGGAGGGACACCAUGAAACAAGUCUCUCUGGACAAGCAUGUGUUGGCAGUAAUAGCCAUUGACAAGAUGCUGGAGAGGCUUAAAAAGUCAAAUGAGUUUCUGGAAAUGAUCCUCAAAGGUCUCAACAACUACCUGGAGAAGAAACGUCUCUACUUUCCUCGGUUCUUCUUCCUCUCAAACGAGGAGCUGCUGGAAAUCCUCUCUGAGACCAAAGAUCCCACGAGGGUGCAACCCCAUCUGAAGAAGUGCUUUGAAGGCAUUGCCAGUGUGAUGUUCACUGAUGUGCUGGAUAUCACCCACAUGAAGAGCAGUGAGGGUGAAAUGGUGCAGCUCCUGGAUAUCAUUUCCACAUCCAAAGCCAGGGGCCAGGUGGAAAAAUGGCUUUUAGAACUGGAGAAUGGAAUGAUUGCCUCCCUGCACAAGGUAAUAGGAGAGGCUAUUGAGGCCUACCCCAGUGAGCUGAGGAUCAACUGGGUGCGUGCUUGGCCAGGUCAGACCGUGCUGUGUGUCUCACAGGUCUACUGGACAAAACAUAUCCACGAAGCUAUCAGUUCAGGACAGAAGGCUCUAGAUGCCUACCUGGAGCAGAACAACAGGCAGAUUGAUGACAUUGUGGCUCUUGUACGUGGAAAGCUGUCCAAGCAGAACCGUGUGACUCUCGGAGCCCUUGUUGUGCUGGACGUCCAUGCCAGGGAUGUUUUAGCAGUACUCGUGCAAAAGGGAAUAAGUGACGAGAACGACUUUGAAUGGCUCAGCCAACUGCGCUACUACUGGGUGGAGAACCACCUUCAGACCAAGAUGAUCAAUGCUGGUUUGCCUUAUGGCUAUGAAUACCUGGGCAACACUCCACGUCUAGUCAUCACUCCGCUCACUGACCGCUGCUACCGCACUUUAUUUGGUGCCCUCCACCUCCAUUUGGGAGGGGCCCCAGAGGGCCCGGCUGGUACAGGAAAAACAGAGACAACCAAAGACUUGGCCAAAGCUGUAGCCAAGCAGUGUGUGGUAUUCAACUGCUCUGAUGGACUAGACUAUAUCGCUUUGGGCAAAUUCUUCAAAGGCCUAUUGUCCUGCGGAGCUUGGGCCUGCUUUGAUGAGUUUAACCGCAUUGACUUGGAGGUGCUGUCUGUGGUGGCUCAACAGAUUCUCACCAUACAGAGAGGAAUCGCUGCCCAUAGUGAGAUGCUGUUGUUUGAAGGGACAGAGCUAAAACUGGACCCAUCUUGCGCUGUCUUCAUCACUAUGAAUCCUGGUUAUGCCGGACGUUCUGAGCUGCCAGACAACCUCAAGGCCCUCUUCAGAACUGUUGCCAUGAUGGUACCAGACUAUGCAAUGAUUGCAGAGAUCGUGCUCUACUCAUGCGGUUUUGUGACUGCGAGGCCUCUUUCAGUGAAAAUAGUGGCCACUUAUCGACUCUGUUCAGAGCAGCUGUCUUCACAGCAUCACUACGACUACGGAAUGAGAGCUGUUAAAUCUGUGCUAACUGCUGCUGGAAACCUCAAGCUCACAUUUCCAGAGGAGAAUGAAGACACCCUGUUGCUGAGAUCCAUUAUUGAUGUAAAUCUGCCCAAGUUCCUGGACCAUGAUCUGAAGCUUUUUGAGGGUAUUACCUCCGACCUCUUCCCGGGGGUCCAGCUCCCCAAGCGUGACUAUCGUGUCCUUCUGGAAGCUAUCGAGGAAAACUGCAAGCGUAUGAACCUUCAAGUCACAGAAUUCUUUAUUGAGAAAAUCCUCCAAAUCUUUGAGAUGAUGAUAGUGAGGCACGGUUUCAUGCUGGUGGGGGAACCCUUUGGAGGGAAGACCAGUGCCUACCGUGUGCUAUCAGCAGCCCUUCAUGAUGUCUUCGAAAAGGGUUUGAUGGAUGAGAACCAGGUACAGAUCACAGUAAUCAAUCCCAAAUCCAUUACCAUGGGCCAGCUGUAUGGCCAGUUUGACCCCGUCUCUCAUGAGUGGUCUGAUGGCAUCCUCGCUGUCAGCUAUAGAUCCUUCGCUGCCUCUCAGAGUCCCGACAGGAAGUGGCUUAUCUUCGAUGGACCGGUGGAUGCUGUGUGGAUCGAGAAUAUGAACACGGUACUCGACGACAACAAGAAGCUUUGUCUGAUGAGCGGUGAGAUCAUUCAAAUGUCACCACAAAUGAGCCUCAUCUUUGAGCCCAUGGACUUGGAGGUGGCAUCACCAGCUACGGUGUCUCGCUGUGGCAUGAUAUACAUGGAGCCACAUAUGUUAGGCUGGCGGCCUCUUAUGCUGUCCUGGCUCAACACCCUGCCAACUACAGUAAAUGCCGUGCACAAAGACCUCGUCACUGCCCUCUUUGACCGCAUACUGCCAGCCUGCCUUCAACUCAUCCGAAAGGCCACCAAGGAGCUGUCCCCGACUUCUGAUGCCAAUCUGGUGAAGUCCCUGAUGAAUCUGAUAGACUGCAUGAUGGAGGAAUUUCAUGAUGAAGCAAAAAUGAAGAGCAUGAAUGAAAAAGAUGUUUGCUCCUGGUUGGAGGGCAUCUUUGUGUUCUGCCUGGUGUGGUCAGUGGGUGCCAGCUGUGAUGAUUUGGGCCGGAUCAAGUUUGAUGCAGUGGUCAGAGAGAUACUGACUGGCCCCUUAAGUGAGGAGACCAAGGCCCAACAUGGCAUUCUGGCCAGUGUUGAGGCUCCACCUAAACAGCUCACAGUACCCGUGCCCGCUGAGGGAACAGUCUACCAGUAUCGCUUCAUUAAAGAGGGCCCAGGCAGGUGGGAGCUUUGGACAGAUUUGUUAAAGACUGCUCCCUCCAUAACAAAGGACAGGCAGUUCAAUGAGAUCAUUGUGCCCACGGAGAACACAGUGCGUUACAUGGCACUGAUGGAUCUCCUCGUCACUCACCAGAAGCCCACUAUUUUCAUCGGCCCCACUGGUACCGGCAAGAGCGUCUACAUCACAGACUUCCUGUUGAAUCAGCUGCAGAAGGAUGUGUACAGCCCACUAUUCAUCAACUUUUCAGCUCAGACUACAGCAGCCCAGACACAAAACAUUAUCAUGUCCAAGUUAGAUAAGCGACGCAAAGGCGUGUUUGGCCCUCCGCUGGGGAAGAAAAUGGUGGUGUUUGUGGAUGAUGUGAACAUGCCAGCCAGGGAGGUUUAUGGCGCCCAGCCCCCCGUGGAGCUGCUGCGCCAGUGGUUGGACCACUGGAACUGGUAUGACAUGAAGGACUGCUCUAUGAUCAACUUGGUGGACAUCCAGGUCAUGUGUGCUAUGGGGCCACCUGGUGGAGGUCGCAACCCAGUCACUCCUCGGUAUCUGCGCCACUUUAAUAUGAUCACCAUUAAUGAUUUUGAUGAGAAGACGAUGUAUACAAUCUUUUCAAGGAUCAUAGAUUGGCAUUUCACCAUACGGUUUUCCUUCCCCAAGCCAUUUGCAGCUUUGACCUCUCAGGUCGUCAAUAGCACUAUGUCAGUGUACCAAGAGGCCACCAAGAACCUGCUACCGACCCCGGCAAAGUCCCAUUACUUGUUCAAUCUGCGUGAUGUCUCCCGGGUUAUCCAGGGCAUCUGCUUGUCACGGCCAGAGACUGCAGAUGAACCAUCUGUCAUCAAACGGCUCUGGGUACACGAGGUCCUGCGAGUAUACUAUGAUCGUCUGGUCCAUGACGCAGAUCGCUCCUGGCUAGUAAGUCAUUUACAGGUCGUGACUCAGAAACAAAUGCAGGAGAAUUUCCAUCAGCUCUUCCAGCAUCUGGACCAGGACCACGAUGGAACGGUUACUGAGGACGACUUGCGCAGCCUUAUGUUUUGUGACUUUCACGACCCCAAGGGUGAGGACCGCAGCUACCGUGAAGUACACAACCUAGAUCAGCUCCGUCAGGUUGUAGAGUCACACCUGGAGGAGUAUAACACCAUCAGUAAAGCAGCUAUGAACCUGGUGCUCUUCCGUUUCGCCAUCGAGCACGUAUGCCGCAUUUCCCGCAUCCUCAAACAGCCAAGUGGCCACGCCCUUCUGGUGGGUGUGGGCGGGAGCGGCCGCCAGUCUCUCACCAGGCUGGCUGCCUACAUGGCUGAGGCAGAGCUUUUCCAGGUGGAAAUCUCCAAGACCUAUGGAACCACUGAAUGGCGUGACGACCUGAAGCUAAUCAUGAGGAAGUCAACGCAGGGUGAAGCUCAUGCCGUGUUCCUCUUUACAGACACUCAGAUCAAAAUGGAGUCAUUCCUGGAGGACAUUGGUAAUCUGCUUAACACUGGUGAGGUUCCUAACUUGUUUGCUGUUGACGAGAAGCAGGAAAUCUGCGAGCGAAUGCGUGUGCUGGACCGGCAACGUGACCGCGACAAACAGACAGACGGCAGCGUCUUGUCCCUUUUCAACAUGUUUGUAGAGCGCUGUCGCACACAGCUGCAUGUGGUGUUGGCUAUGAGUCCCAUUGGAGAUGCAUUUAGGGAUCGUUUAAGACGUUUUCCCGCCCUCAUUAACUGCUGCACUAUCGACUGGUUCCAGACCUGGCCGGAGGACGCCCUGCAGGCUGUGGCCUGCCGCUUCCUGGAGGACGUUGAGAUGACUGAUGAGGCCCGAGAAGGCUGCAUCAAUAUGUGCAAGAGCUUCCACACCUCAACCAUUGAUCUGUCAGUCCGAUUUUUGAAUGAGCUUCAGCGCCACAAUUAUGUCACACCAACCUCAUACCUGGAGCUAAUUUCCACCUUCAAAGCACUGCUGAAGACAAAAAGAGCUGAGGUGAUGAAGCUGAAACGCCGCUAUGAGGUUGGUCUUGAAAAGCUGGAGUCAGCAGCAGACCAAGUGGCUACUAUGCAAGUUGAGCUAGAGGCUCUACAACCACAGCUGCUUGUUGCUAGCAAAGAAGUAGAUGAGAUGAUGGUGGUGAUUGAACAUGAAUCUGUGGAGGUGGCUGAGACAGAGAAGGUGGUGAAAGUGGAUGAAGCCAUAGCUAAUGAACAGGCCAUGGGUGCCAAGGCCAUCAAAGACGAGUGCGAUGCUGAAUUGGCUGAAGCCAUGCCAAUCCUGGACUCAGCCCUAGCUGCACUGAAUACUCUGACCACUCAGGAUAUCACAGUGGUGAAGUCCAUGAAAAGCCCACCUACAGCUGUCAAGCUGGUUAUGGAGGCAAUUUGCAUUCUCAAAGGCCUCAAGCCAGAUCGUGUGCCGGAUCCCUCUGGCUCUGGUAAAAAAGUGGAAGACUAUUGGGGACCAGCCAAGAAGCUUCUGGGAGACUUGAGAUUUCUCCAGAGCCUCCACGAGUAUGAUAAAGACAACAUCCCACCAAAUCUUAUCGCCGUCAUCCGCAAUAAGUACAUCACCAAUCCAGACUUUGUACCUGAGAAGAUUAGAACUGCAUCCACUGCAGCAGAGGGCAUGUGUAAGUGGGUUUGUGCCAUGGAAAAAUAUGACAAAGUGGCCAAGGUGGUGGCUCCAAAAAAGGAGAAGCUGGCUCAGGCUGAAGGAGAGCUGAAGGUGGCCAUGGAGAGCUUGCAGAAGAAGCAGGCCGCCCUCAAAGAAGUCCAAGAUAAGCUAGCAAAGCUUCAGGAGACUCUGGAUGCUAAUAAAAACAAGAAAGCUGACCUGGAGAAUCAGGUGGAUAUGUGCAGUAAGAAGCUGGAGCGCGCUGAGCAGCUGAUCGGAGGCUUGGGUGGGGAAAAGACACGCUGGAGUGAAAUGGCCUCCGAUCUCGGAACACUCUACAAUAACCUGACUGGGGAUAUCAUUAUCUCAGCAGCCAUAGUGGCUUACCUGGGCGCCUUCACCUCCAGCUACAGACAGGAUCAGACAGAGGAGUGGAUUAAUCUUUGUAAGAGCAGAGAAAUCCCGUGUUCAUCCAACUUGUCUCUCAUGAACACGCUGGGCGACCCAGUAAAGAUUCGCGCAUGGACCAUUGCCGGGUUACCUUCAGAUAGUUUCUCCAUCGACAACGGUAUCAUCAUCUCCAACGCCAGGCGGUGGCCUCUGAUGAUCGAUCCCCAAGGCCAGGCCAACAAGUGGGUGAAAAACAUGGAGAAACCCAAUAGGCUUCACAUUAUUAAAUUGAGCGAUGGUGACUUUGUACGCACUCUGGAGAACUGCAUCCAGUUUGGUACCCCAGUACUCCUGGAGAAUGUUGGAGAGGAGCUGGACCCCAUUCUCGAGCCUCUUCUGCUGAGACAGACCUUUAAACAGGGUGGUGCCAUGUGUAUCCGUCUGGGAGAUUCUACUAUUGAAUAUGCUCCAGAUUUCCGUUUCUACAUCACUACAAAGCUACGCAACCCUCACUACCUGCCUGAGACCUCUGUCAAGGUGACACUGCUAAAUUUCAUGAUAACCCCAGAGGGCAUCCAAGAUCAGCUGCUGGGCAUCGUGGUGGCUCGGGAGAGGCCUGAUCUGGAAGAAGAGAAACAAGCUCUCAUCCUACAAGGUGCAGACAACAAAAGACAACUGAAGGAGAUUGAGGACAAAAUCUUAGAGGUGCUUUCUUCCUCUGAGGGCAACAUUCUGGAGGAUGAGACGGCCGUCAAGAUCCUCUCCUGCUCCAAGGUGCUGGCCAAUGAAAUCACAGAGAAGCAGGCUGUAGCUGAGGUGACAGAGCAGAAGAUUGAUGAAACCCGCAUGGGCUACACACCCAUUGCCAGGCAUUCUGCCAUCUUGUUCUUCACCAUUGCUGACUUGGCUAACAUCGAACCUAUGUACCAAUACUCCCUCACCUGGUUUAUUAACCUCUUCAUCAGCUCCAUUGACAGCUCAGACAAGAGUGAGGAUUUGGAUCAGAGACUGCAGAUCCUGAGAGACCACUUUACCUACACACUCUAUGUCAAUGUGUGUCGCUCGCUGUUUGAGAAGGAUAAGCUGCUCUUUUCCUUCUGCCUCAAUGUCAGUCUGCUCAUGCACAACAAGCAGGUGGAUGAGGGGGAGUGGCGCUUCCUUCUAACGGGUGGUGUUGGCCUGGAUAACCCCCACUCAAAUCCCUGCACCUGGCUCCCGAAGAAGUCUUGGGACGAGAUAUGCCGCGUGGAUGAGAUGGAAAGUUUCAAAGGUCUGCGUCAGGCCCUGACUCAGCUCAGAAAUGAAUGGAAAUCUGUAUAUGACAGCCCAAGCCCCCAUCAGACUCCUUUCCCUGGCGUGUGGCAGGAGAAGCUGAGCAAGUUUCAGAAAAUGCUGGUGAUCCGUUGUCUCAGACCAGAUAAGGUUAUUCCCAUGGUACAAGAAUACGUUUCAGACAGUUUGGGUCGUCCUUUUAUUGAAGCACCACCCUUCAACCUAAGUAAGGCCUUUGUUGACAGCCAUUGCUGUGCCCCCCUCAUCUUCAUCCUCUCCCCCGGCUCAGACCCCAUGGCUGCUUUGCUGAAGUUUGGAGAUGAAAAGGGGUUUACUGGUAACAAGCUGACCUCCCUCUCCCUGGGCCAAGGCCAGGGUCCGAUUGCCAUGCGUAUGAUUCAGACAGGCAUUAAAGAGGGCACCUGGGUAGUCCUACAGAACUGCCACUUGGCCACUUCAUGGAUGUCAACACUGGAGAGAGUUUGCGAGGGACUGAACCCAGAUACCACCCACCCAGACUUCAGACUGUGGUUGACCAGCUACCCGUCCCCUACUUUCCCUGUGGCCGUGCUCCAGAAUGGGGUGAAGAUGACCAACGAGGCUCCAAAGGGCCUUCGCGCCAACAUCGCACGCUCCUUCUUAAUGGACCCCAUUUCAGACCCAGAAUUUUUUGGCAGCUGUAGCAAACCGGCUGUGUUCAAGAAGCUGCUGUAUGGCCUGUGUUUUUUCCACGCCCUGGCCCAGGAGAGGAGAAAGUUUGGACCUUUAGGCUGGAACAUUCCUUAUGAGUUCAAUGAGACCGACCUCCGGAUCUCUGUACAGCAGCUACACAUGUUCCUGGAACAGUACCAGGAAGUGCCAUUUGAUGCCAUACGUUACAUGACCGGGGAGUGUAACUAUGGUGGACGGGUAACAGAUGACUGGGACAGAAGAACUCUGCGCACAAUCCUCUCUAUCUUUUACACCUCAAAAAUGAUCGAGGACCCUGACUAUAAAUUUGACCCCAGUGGCCUCUACUAUGCACCUGCUGAAGGAGAUUACAACAGCUAUAUAGAGUACACCAAGGCGUUGCCGCUCAACCCAUCGCCGGAGAUUUUUGGCAUGAACGCCAACGCAGACAUCACCAAGGAUCAGGCCGAGACACAGCUACUGUUUGACAGCAUCUUGCUUACACAGUCCCGCUCUUCAGGCGGAGAUGCCAAAUCCUCAGAUGACAUGGUCUUUGAUGUGGCAGCUGACAUCCUGAGCAAACUGCCUGGAGACUUUGACUUGGAGGCUGCAAUGAGGCGCUUUCCUACCAGCUACAAUCAGAGCAUGAACACAGUGCUGGUGCAGGAGAUGGGCCGCUUCAACAACCUGCUCUCCACCAUCCGAGACUCCUGCAUCAACAUUCAGAAAGCCAUAAAGGGUCUGGUAGUGAUGUCUGCGGAGCUGGAGGAGGUGGUCAGCAGCAUCCUGAAGGGUCGCAUCCCAGGCAUGUGGAUGAAGAAAUCUUAUCCUAGCCUCAAACCGCUGGGAAGCUACGUCAGUGACUUCCUAGAACGACUCCAGUUCUUACAGGACUGGUAUGAUAAGGGCACGCCGGCUGUAUUCUGGGUCUCUGGAUUCUUCUUCACCCAGGCCUUUCUCACAGGCAGCCAGCAGAACUACGCCAGGAAACACACCAUGCCCAUUGACCUGCUGGGCUUUGACUUCGAGGUCCUGGACGACAGACAAUACAAACGACCUCCAGAAGACGGUGUGUACAUCAGAGGUCUGUUCCUUGAUGGCGCCCGCUGGGACAGAAAGACCAAGCUUCUUGCAGAGUCCUACCCCAAAGUGCUGCAUGAUCCCAUGCCUGUGAUGUGGCUGAAGCCCUUGAAGCGACAGGACAUUCCCCAGAAGAUGUGCUAUGUGGUGCCUGUCUACAAGACAAGCGAGCGGCGCGGCACCCUGUCCACCACCGGGCACUCCACCAACUACGUCAUCGCCAUGACGCUCAACUCCGACGUUCCUGCCGAGCACUGGAUCAGACGAGGGGUGGCCCUGCUCUGCCAGCUCAGCUCAUAGUCUGUUUGAUUUACGCCCAAUUAAAAGAGACUGAAAAGAAAGACGCCGGCUCUGUGGCUUCUCCAUGAAGCUAAAAAACAAAACUAAAUGAAUUCAGAAGUGACCAACGAGACUGAGAUAAAGAAUUCAAGUGUGACAGCUUUAGAGCAGGUAGUGAGUCUUUUAAUGAGCUAUUUGUGUUUCAGAUCUGGAGGAUUGAAGGAGCUGAUAUGUAAACAGACAGAAUCAGAGCCAGACGGAGGUAGAGUGAUGUGUGUCACUGGUACACAUGUUGUCUUGUCACCAGUUGUAAAAUUACAUUCAGGAGUCCAGGAUCUUUCAAGGCUUUAUUCUUCUUUUGUAAUGGGGACAAUGCACAGACAGGCAAACAGCAAGAUGUCGCAUUUUAUAUCCAGAUCACAAAAAAAAUGUACAAAGCAAACAUGAUCAUGGACUUUCAUUUUGCAGGGGUUUUCCCAAUAAACAGGUAGGGAAGCUUU